UCUUCUUUGCAGUACCUCCAUUGGCCCUCGUCUUUGUUUUAUUAUAUAAAUACCUAUUAGCUUCUACAUUAUUGUUCUUACUAAACAAGAUUUUCAAAACCCUCUAUUAUACAAGCCUAUUCAAGACAUGGAUUUUGGACUUGUUCAGUUCCUUACUAUCCUUCUCUUGCAUCUUCUCCUAUGUUCAGGUUCAAGUGUUUCAAAGAAACCCCCUCUCCAAGAAAUCAAUCAGAGAAAACAAAACCAAGAUUCCCGGAUGCUCCUGGACCCUUCAAUAUCCACUACAGUACUAGAUAAUGUUCCCGUUGUCAAUCCUACAACUCCUGGCACAACUCCAAACCCAACAUCCCCUUCAACAGACCCAAUCACCAACCCGACAACCCCAGUCACAACUCCGACAGCACCAGUUACAACUCCGACAACCCCAACCCCGACUCCUACAACAUCAUCAGGAGGUUCCUGGUGUGUUGCAAACCAAGGUGCUUCACCAACUGCUCUACAGGUAGCUCUAGACUACGCUUGUGGAUACGGCGGUGCGGACUGCUCAGCAAUUCAACCCGGUGCAAGUUGCUAUGAACCCAACACAGUUCACGAUCAUGCGUCUUAUGCUUUCAAUGAUUACUACCAGAAGCACCCUGAACCAACAAGCUGUGUUUUUGGAGGCACUGCUCAGCUUACAAAUACAGACCCAAGUAAUGGUAACUGCCAUUAUGCAGCAUCCUCGCCAACAAGUAUGACUCCACCUGCCAGCAUAACUCCUCCAGCCACUCUACCGCCACCAGCACCGACUACCAUGACCAUGACCCCACCCUUUCCGAUGAGCCCACCUUUUCCCGGAGCAGGUGGGGACUCAGUUUAUGGUUCAGCAGAGCCAACAGGACUCCCAAGCUCAGCCAGCUGUGUGUCAUUCAGCUACUUGCUGAUCUUUGCCACAAUGUCACUUCUUGCUGCAAACAAACUCUAGACAUAAAGGAAGUCACUUUCAGUUACUUUACCAUGACUGAAUUGCAAUUCCUUUGGCUUGACAACAGAGUUCAGAGACUUUCAGCAUACCUUGAGAAUCCACAAUGAAACCCAUAUUCUCACCAUUAAGAUCUAUAUAUACUGCUAUACUUUUUGAUCUAUGUAUACAUAGAAACUGAUAAAAGAAAAGAAAAAAACAAACAAACGAGAAUAGAAUCUCUUAGGUUCUUGUACUCAUAGAUAAGUUAAGAAUAUGAUAGCUGCUUUCUCAAAAUGAUUGUUAGCUGCAGAAUAAAAUUGUUGAAGAUGCCUCUCUGCCCUAGCAAUUUAUGCUUUUUCAGUAAUGGGAACUGUCUCGUACUUUAAGCUAGUCCAUAAUAA